CUACCCGGAAGUUAUUCCACACCGCCCCGGAAACGACACUAACCUCCCGCCUCCCGAAACGUAAAGCGGAGCGACUGAGGCCAAAAGCGAGAUGCCAGUAGCCGUGGGUCCCUACGGACAGUCCCAGCCCACCUGCUUCGACCGAGUGAAGAUGGGUUUCGUGAUGGGCUGCGCCGUGGGCAUGGCGGCCGGGGCGCUGUUCGGCACCUUCUCGUGCCUCAGGAUCGGUAUGCGGGGCCGGGAGCUGAUGGGCGGAAUUGGCAAAACCAUGAUGCAGAGCGGGGGUACCUUCGGAACGUUUAUGGCUAUCGGAAUGGGCAUCCGCUGCUGA